AUGAGGAAAAUCACGUCCGAAGAAACUAUUAAGCGAAUCGAACCCAUUUUCGUCCGGCUAGGAUAUCCACGGACUAUCACCCUAGAUAAUGGUCGCCAGUUCAUCAGCACAGAAUUCGAUAACUAUUGUCAGUCAAGAAAUAUAAAGCUAAACCAUACCGCCCCAUACUGGCCACAGGCCAAUGGUGAGGUCGAAAGGCAGAACAGUUCCCUCCUGAAACGUCUCAAGAUAAGCCAUUCUAUGAAUCGAGAAUGGAAAACCGAUUUACUCCAAUACCUAAUGAUGUACAACACCACCGCACAUUCCGUCACAGGUAAGGCUCCCUCUGCGUUGUUGCAAAAUCGGCUGAUCCGCUCCAAGAUUCCAUCGAUAAGUGAUAUCGAAAACACACCACAUGUGGGUUCCGAAUCUCACGACCGAGAUACAACUCUAAAGUACUGGGGAAAAGAAAGAAAAGACCAGAAGCGGCAUGCUAAACCAUCAGAACUACAAGUAGGAGAUCGCGUUUUACUACAGAAUCUAUUGACUGCGGGAAAACUCACACCAAAAUUUGGAAGAACAGAAUAUGUGGUUGUUGAGAGAAGGGAAGUCGAGCAAAAUCUUCGCUCCCAUUUCAGGCGGGACAUUUAA